CGAGUGUUGAAAUGGCGCAGAAAGGAGUUCAGCUGGACCGGGAAUCCUUCUCUUGUUCCAUCUGUUUGGAUCUACUGAAGGAUCCGGUGACUGUUCCCUGUGGACACAGCUACUGCAUGGACUGUAUUAAAGCCCACUGGGAUACAGAGGAGGAGAAGGAGAGCUACAGCUGCCCUCAGUGUAGGCACACCUUCACCUCGAGGCCUGUCAUGCUGAAAAACACCAUGCUGGAGACCCUGCUGCAGGAACUGAAGAAGACCAGACUCCAAGCUGCUCCUGAGGACCCCUCUUAUGCUGGACCUGAAGAUGUGGCUUGUGACGUCUGCACCGGGAGGAAACUCAAAGCCCUCAAGUCCUGUCUGGUCUGUUUGAUCUCAUUUUGUGACAAACACCUUCAGCCUCAUCUUCAAACUCCGGCCUAUAAGAAACACAAGCUGGUGGAGCCCUCCAAGAAGCUCCAGGAGAACGUCUGCUCUCGUCAUGAUGAGGUGAUGAAGAUGUUCUGUCGUACUGAUCAGCAGUCUAUCUGUUAUCUCUGCUCUGUGGACGAUCACAAAGGCCACGACACGGUCUCAGCUGCAGCAGAGCGGAGCGAGAAGCAGAGAGAGCUGGAGGAGAGUCGACUAAACAUCCAGCAGAGAAUCCAGGACAGAGAGAAAGAUGUGGAGCAGCUUCAACAGGAGGUGGAGGCUAUCAACGGCUCCGCUGAUAAAGCAGUGGAGCACAGUGAGGAGAUGUUCACCCAGCUGAUCCGUCUCAUGGAGGAACGACGCUCUGACGUGAGGCAGCGGGUCAGAUCCCAGCAGGAAACUGAAGUGAGUCGAGUCAGAGAGCUUCAGGAGAAGCUGGAGCAGGAGAUCACUGAGCUGAAGAGGAGAGACGCUGAGCUGCAGAAGCUGGCACACACAGAGGACCACAACCAGUUUCUACACAGCUACCCCUCACUGUCAGGACUCAGUGGACCUGCAGUCUCAACCAGCAUCAAGACCCGACCUCUCGGGUACUUUGAGGAUGUGACAGCAGCUGUGUCAGAAGUCAGAGAUCAAUUACAGGAGGUCCUGAGAGAGAUGUGGACCAACGUCUCACAGGCAGCGACUGAAGUGGAUGCGUUACUGUCAGAACCACCAGCGCCCAAGACCAGAGUGGGUUCUUAAGAUACUCACGUGGAGUCACACUGAAAGAACAGAGCUGGGUUCUUAAGAUACUCACGUGGAGUCACACUGGAUCCAAACACAGCAUACACACAUCUGUUAUUAUCUGAUGGGAACAGAAGAGCAACACUGAAACCACAACAACAGUCUUAUUCUAGUCACCCAGACAGAUUCACUUGUUUGGAGCAGGUCCUGAGUAGAGAGAGUCUGAGCGGACGUUGUUACUGGGAGGUGGAGUGGAGGGGCGGAGUUUAUGUAGCAGUCGCAUACAAGAAUAUCAGCAGAGCAGGACGCUCAGAUGAUUGUAGAUUUGGAUUCAAUGAUAAAUCUUGGAUGUUAGUUUGUAACAACAACAGUUAUAACUUUAGGUACAACAAAAUCCAGACUCCUGUCUCAGGUCCUCAGUCCUCCAGAGUAGGAGUGUACCUGGAUCACAGAGCAGGUAUUCUGUCCUUCUACAGCGUCUCUGAAACCAUGACUCUCCUCCACAGAGUCCAGACCACAUUCACUCAGCCCCUUUAUGCUGGACUAAGGUUUUUUUCACAGUUUUGAAGACACUGCUGAGUU